GAAGAACAACGGCGUGCGCUAGCAUUAGCAUCGGUGGCUGUUGGAUGCGAGAGAGAAGGCUUCCAGACGAUUCGACGUUGAUUUUAGAUUACCUGUUUCCCCGAGAGUUUUCAUAGUUGCAAGGGAGACCGUGGUUGUCCUUUGUGUGCUGUUUUAUUGUCAGCAUGGCAGUCGUCAUCCGUUUACAGGGACUGAGUGUCACAGCGGGUACUGAGGAUAUUCGCAAGUUCUUCAUGGGCCUGAAAAUUCCAGAUGGAGGGGUACAUAUAAUUGGUGGGGAGCUGGAUGAAGCCUUUAUCAUUUUUGCUAGUGAUGAAGAUGCAAGGCGAGCAAUGACACGGUCUGGAAAACUCAUCAACGGCUCAGCUAUUAAACUGCUACUCAGUAGUAAAGCUGAGAUGCAGGUCAUUCUUGAAAGAAGUACGAAAACGGUGGAGCCUGAACCAAGGAGGCAGUAUGAAGACAAUGAAAGACGAGGUGAAAGAUCCCUGGGUCGUGGAGAGGGGAAAGCAGGUCAGAUGUUUCCCCCCAAACACCAGAGGGCUCCCAACGGUCGUAAGGAUGACAUGUGUUUGUUUCUUAAAGGAUUGCCCUUUUCUGUAACCGAAAAAGAAAUACAUGAUUUCUUUGGUGGUUUACUAAUUGAUGAAGUAGUUUUAUUAAAGAAUGAGAAGGGAUUUAACAAUGGGAGAGGUCUUGUCAAAUUUGCAACAAGUGAGGAUGCAAUGGAAGGCCUAAAAAGAGACAAGGAAUACAUUGGGUCAAGGUAUAUUGAGCUUUCACCGACAUCAAUGGACAAUUGGUUUCGCCUUUGUGGCAGAUUUCCAAUGGAUGUCAACGCAUCUAGCGGCUUUGAAAGAGACAGAUCACCUAUUCGUACUUGGAAUGUUCCACAAAGUCAUGCAAGGUCACGGUCUCCCCCAAAUCAGAGUCUUAUUGCCCCUGGUGAUGAGUAUUGUGUUUUGAUUGACAAUCUCUCUUUUGCUGUGGAAAAAGAAGACAUUAAACAAUAUUUUAGACACACAAACCUCGAGGAUGAUCAGAUUCUGCAUUUGUUGGACGAGAGGAGAAAAAGAACAAGAUCUGCUUUUGUUCUUUUCAAGAAUCAGCGUGACUACUGUGAUGCCUUAGCUGAGGAAAAAGUACUCUUUUUCAAUCGACAGGUCCAUAUUCGCCCCAUAUCAAGAGAGAAAAUGAUGGCCCUUCUUCAGUCCCACUACAUUGAUUCCCAAACUCCUGGAAACUCUCAACUAUCUCAGGAGAGGUCCUCAUCUCACUCCCCUGAUAGUUACGACUCCGAAAAAUUGUGUCUUUUUGUGCGAAACUUACCAUUUGAUGUGAGGAAAGUUGAGAUCAUGGACUUUUUUCAUGGGUUCAAUAUCACAGAGGAUAAAGUCUACUUACUGCUUGAUCAUAAUGGUGCUGGAGUGGGAAAGGUUUUAGUUCUUUUCAGAUCUGAGGCAGAGGCGACAAGGGCACUGUCUCUUAAUGGCCAACGGUUUCUUGGGUCAGAAGUCAUACUGAAAGGCAUUACACAAUCCCAGAUGAGGCAAUUGGGUGUUGACAUACCAAUGUUUCAAGAACCAUUAUCGAGAGAAGAACGGUACUCAAAUAGAACCAGCGUGGCAUCCCAUCGCUCCGAUGAUCCAGAGUACCCUGACAUAAAGAUGUCCCAUGAGGGGAGACACUGUGUGCCUUCUUAUCACUCUGCUGAAUCUGAGUACCACGACUUUAGAAUGUAUCGAGAUGGCGGCGCAUCAAUGCAGAGUGUACAGAAUCUGGGUAAUAGAGGCUGGGAUCCGGAGGGCCUCAAGGAUCCAUGGGAAAGGGGAAAUAGUGUUCAUGGUGAUUUUGGCCCCCCAGCACAGCCUUGUGAUGGUCCCACUUGUGUAAGGUUAGUUAAUUUGCCUUUCCAAAUAAGAAGUGAAGAAAUUUACGACUUUUGCCACGGCUAUCGCGUUAUCCCUGGAUCUGUAUCACUGCAGUUUGACCAGGGCGGAAAACCUACAGGCACCGCAACUGUAGUGUUUGAGUCUCGUUCAGAGGCUAUCAUAGCAGCAGCAGAACUGAGUGGAAGACCAAUUGGUCCAAGAAAAAUAAGGCUGGUGUUCAUUUGAAAGCAACAGGGAUUUGUUCUGUGGUCACGAGCGGGAAAAACUUUGGUUAUUGGUGUGUAACAACACACACUUACAACAAGUAAGACGAGUCUUUACCUUCUCUCUGUUAUGAAAUGGCAAGGCAUUCACCAUGGUACAUUUAGUUUGCAGUUUGAUGUGAUUGUGAGACUACAUAUUGUUUUCUUGUAAUUUUCAUCUUGUUUUUGUUUUAUUUUUUUUUCAUUCAACAAUUUUAAGGAAAUCGUUUUGAAACAGAAGUGUGUGUGUCUUUGCAUGCGUGUGCGAGUGUUUUGAGGAAAACAUUGUGAAAAUAAACUUAACACGUUUUUUUCAACAAAGUUGAAAAAAAUCAUGCCUGUUGAAAUCUGUAAAUAAAAUAUAAAAUGUUAAGUGUUCUCAGA